AAAAAAAAACGGUGUCGCGUGCCGGCAACCGGGUCGAUCGAUCUAUCGUUUCUUCCCAAGUUCCCAACGCAUUUUCCUCGACCUCCCGAUCUGCUGUACCCGCCUCCGCCCUGACGCAGGUGGUGCUCCAAGAGCCGGCGGUCCUCCUGCCGUCGUUGCCGCCCGAGGAGGAAGCAAUCAAGCAACCCCGAAGGGCCCCGCGGCGGCGUGGUCAUCCCCUCCAUUCCGGCGACACCGCCAGACCCUACCUCUGCGGCGGCGGCGGACAAACCCACCAGUGGCGGUGCCUGGAGGCUGAAUCAGCUGCGCGCGCUGUGCCCGACUGGCGACUGUCCGUGCGGUCGGCGCUAGCGGCUUGGCGUGCCGCUGCCUGCUAGCGUGCGUCCCAGCGGUGCGGCCUUGCGGCGGCGCGUCGGAGCGGGAGGGCGGCACGCCGGUGCGUCGCCGUGCGCAGGCGGAUCCCCGCCGCACGUGCUCGUAGAAGCAGCCAAGAGCCAAACAGGAUAGAAGGAGGAGGCAUCUGCACACCUACGAGGCAACAAAGGGAUACCAGGAAGGGCAACCUCUUGGGCCCUGGCAGUUUAUCGAUGUAUUUCGUUAUUAGAGUAGGAAAGAAGUGGCAUUUGAGCAGUCUUCGAGGGCACGUAACCCCGUUCUUGAGCUGGGUCUCAGGCGCCCUAGAGUCCAGAACCUUCUAGAAGCAUCAGGAUAGCUAGAGCAUUGCUCCAACCCCAGUGUCAGCCAUGUCGGAGAAGCUGGCCCCUGAGAAGCGCCACACCUUCAUGCACAACGGGCAGAAGGUGUUCGAGUGGGACCAGACACUGGAGGAGGUGAACAUGUACAUUGAGCUCCCCAAGGGUGUGCCCACCAAGCUCUUCCGCUGCACCAUCCAGGCGGGACACGUGGAGGUUGGCAUCCGUGGCAACCCGUCAUACCUCAACCACGACAUGGCGCACCCCGUGAAGACAGACUCCUCGUUCUGGACAAUAGAGGAUAGUGAGAUGCAUAUCACACUGCAAAAAAGGGAGAAAGGGAAGACAUGGUCAUCUCCAAUACAAGGGCAAGGUCUUUUGGAUCCGUAUGCUGCAGAUCAAGAGCAAAAACGGCUUAUGCUGCAAAGGUUUCAAGAAGAGAACCCAGGGUUCGACUUUUCUCAGGCUCAGUUCAGUGGAACCUGCCCUGACCCAAGGACCUUCAUGGGUGGAAUACGCUCUGACUGAAACGUCCAGCCUGAACGGCAUAAUUCUUGCUACUUUCCUGCAGCUAUCUUCGGCAUCUUGUUAGAUGCAGCGGCUGUACCUAAUUCUUAUGUAAAUUGGUUGGUGUUUACCUUUGAAAUAAUGAUGUGUGACCCCAUUCCAUGACUCUGUGAGUUCAGCUGAUUGUAAAUAUUCCUGAACCGGGCAACCUGUGCUUGUUUAGCCCCGAGCUUAUAGCUAUAGGGUCAUCAUUCGGUGCUCGACUGCUCGUUGAUGAAUCAGUAUCUGGGAGAAUUGAUGACGUGGCAGUUGUUUGGUCA